UGGUAAGAACAUGAAACAAAGCAUCGACACAUUGACUGCAUAAAUAUCGGGCGCAACACGUGAAUAAUACUUAAAUUGAACAAAAGCGCGAUGAAAGAGUUUUGUAGAAAAAUUGAGCAAUUGCUACGACACGGUUGACAUUAAUGCAUUACGAUAUUUAAGCAACCUCGCCGAGAAAGACAUCAGCGUAUCUUAAGAUAAGCUAUAGACCUCGGUCGACGACAGGAACUCGUCAGAAUGCGAGCCAAUAUAAUUAUUCUAACUUGUUUAUGUUUGUUGCCGGUAGUAUUUGGCAAUAACGAAAAAAACGAGACAACAUUUGUACCGACCCGUGAAUGGCAAACCGUAAAAAAAGGUACACCUAUUCCCAAAGGAUUACACGUACGGCAUAGUCUUCAAACUGGAGUAACAGAGGCAAAAUUAAUGGACAAAGAAGAUGCAGAAGAAAAAGAUUCUGACGAGAAUUCUAAUCAUUCGCGUUCAAAUUCGUUAACAUUGCAUCCUGAUAAAGCAAUUAUAGAAGAUCAUGAUUCUUCCGUGACUGCGGAUAAAUCUGAUCUGUUCGAUGAUCCGAUAGAAGAAUUAAAAGCCAGGUUAAAGAAGAUCAAAGAAGAUGAUGGUGAACUAAACGAUAAGCACACCCAGAGAGUAAAGCAAAAUUUCAGAGUUUACGAAACUUUGAUAAAAGAGCUUAAAGUAAAUGUUACGGCGAGCUGGGAAUUACUAGAUCACUAUUUCCAGAAAUUUCAAACUCAUAGGAAUGCAGUUACUACAGGAACUUUAACAGUUUUGGAAGUAGAGGAGGUUUUAGAUAGUCUGUACAAUUUGGAAUAUCUGCUUCAUCAUAUUGUAAGCGCUAAAGUGUUCGCCGAUAUGCAAGGUAUGGGCAAAGUCAUAUCACCUUGCCUCAAUGGAACAAACACCGAAAUUAAGGUUGAAGCAUUGAAGCUGUUGGGUGCAGCUGUUCAGUCCAAUCCCAAAGCCCAAUUGAAAGCGUUGGAGAAUGAUUUUGUCGAGAAGCUUUUGCACAUAUUGUCGACGAACGCUAAACUGGAAGUAAAGUCAAAGUGUCUGUUUGCUUUGAGUGCCUUAAUAAGACAAUUCCCGACGGCGCAAAAAGUUUGGAUCGAUCACGGCGGAGUGGAGAUAUUUGGGAAGAUUUUAGCAGACGAUCAAUUGCAGGUGCAAAUGAGAGUCAUGAAGCUAAUCAGCGAUUUGAUUAUCGAGAGACAAAACUUACAAGACGACCCUGACCCUGAACAGGCGCAACAGAGAACCAAAGCGUAUGCAGCCGCCGACGUCGAACAAAAAUUAUUAAAGAACGGCUACUGUAUGCAUUUAAGCAACCUAAUGACAAGAAGCUUCAAGGACGCGCUUCACAAUCAGUUUCAAACCGAGAAUUACGAAUUCGUUGAAACUAUCAUCGAAAGCAUGAUCAUUGUAGUUCCUGUCUGUAAACAACAAUUUAAAGAGAACAAAGAUACAUUGCUUCCUAUUAUACAACAUUUAUUGAACUUCUAUCAAAACUCGGAUCUUACCAUAGAACAAGAUGAAAAUGAUAUUUUGAAAUAUCUCACCCUAUUGAUCGAAAAGUUACAAACGACUGUAUCUGAGAUUGUUCACGACGAAUUGUAGAAUACGCGAGGAAAAUACUACGGUAAUUUAUGUUGCAAAAUAACAAUUGUACAGUCUUUUGGCAUAAUGGAACAUCUCCUCGCAUGGAUACGUUGAAUUAUCCAUUGUUGAUAUUGCAUGAAAAUUGUUAUCGAAUCUACAGUUAAUAAGGAAUAUUGUUAUUCUUUGAGCGAGUAAUGAAAUGCAACGUUACGUCAUUAAUUUUUACGGAAACAGUACAUAGUCACUUGUAAAUAGAUUAUUACCAAGUAUGGAUCGAUGUCUAAAUGAAUGAAUGUAUAAAUGUAUUAUAAAACGAGUACAUGCGAAUUAAAGUGUCAUUUGUGUAAUGUCUGUACAUAUAGCGUGUAAGGCAUUUAAGUUACCUUGUCCGUAAUUAUGUAGCGAAUAAUUGUUAUGUUUCCCGUGUUCCGAGAUGUGAUUGUUUAAUAAAUUAUUUUGUACCGUUCGUACUUCUUUUUUUUUUUUUAUUCCGUAGAAAAA